CUAUAGUAAUAUGGGCGGCUGCGGCGACAUCGUGGGCAGCUCCAGAGGACGGCUACAGCUACCAAGCCCCAGUACCCAUUCCCCAGUCUCCCCAGUACCCACCGACACCCGCCCAGUACCAGUUCCAGUGGGAUGUGAACGAUCGACAUUCCGGGAACUAUUUUGGCCAACACGAGCAGCGGAAUGGCGACAGGACGCUGGGCAGUUACUAUGUCCAGCUGCCGGACACGCGCUUCAUGAGGGUCGAGUACUUGGCUGAUUCGGAAGGUUUCCAGCCUACGGUCUCCAUCGUGGGUGAUGCCCAGUACCCGGAUGCCCCGUCCAAGAUGUACUCUCAACCUGCCCCUGCCCCUACCCAGGUAUAUUCUGAGCCUAUGCCUGCUCCUGCCGAAGAGUAUUCUGAACCCAUGCCCGUCCCUGCCGAGGAGUAUACUCAGCCCGACCCUGCUCCUGCACAGACGUAUUCUGAACUCGAUCUUGCUCGCCAAUACACUCAGCCAGAUUCUGUCCCCGAGGAAGUGUACACGCCACCGAUUCUCAGUCAGUCAAGCCAGCAGUACUCCCAGCCUACUCUUGUUCCUACCCAGCAGUACGCUCAGCCCUCCCUUGCUCCUAGUCAGCAGUACGGUCAGCCUGCUCUUGCUACUAGUCAGCAGUCCGGCCAGCCUUCCCCUGCUCCUAGUCAGCAGUAUACUGAGCCAACCCCUGCCCCUGCCCCUACUCAGCAGUACUCCCAACCCUCCUCAUCCCCUGCCCCUACUCAGCAGUACUCUCAGCCCGGCCCUGCUCUUACCCUCCUCCCUGCUGGCGAAUAUUCCCUGCCUGCUUCUGCUCUUUCCCCUUUAUCCCCCGAACAUGUCUCAGGUAUAUAUAGGGCUCGGGUAAACAAAAUCACUGUGAGGACUGUCAGCUUUUAAGGCUCGAAAGCAUAGCCGUCGA